UGUUCCUACAUAUAUUUCCUUAUGCGUUAUUAUAAUCCUUGUAUUCAGAAUGAAAGCCUUCCUGUCUGGAUUACUCUCCUUUUACCAUCAGUAUGAGGGACAUUACGGCGCCUGACAAUGCCAGCAGGUGAGAGUGAAGACCGGGCAAAGACCCGUGAGAGAUUUAAUGAAGUGUUCAAGAAAUACACUGAGUCAGAGAAGAAGAAGGCUAAGAAGAAGAAGAACGCUGAAACUCAGGAGACUAUUGUGCUUGAAAAUCUAAAAAAGAAUCUCAACCUUGGGAAGGACACAGAAGAUGAUGAGGCCAUUCUCCAGAACACAUACCACCCUGAACAAGGCAGCCCUCGCUACACAAAGAAUAAGCGCAGAGAGAAGGAAACAGAAGAUAAAGUCAAUAUCAACAACAGUAGAAACGAAGAGGAGAUUCAAACUUCGAGAAGCAAGAGAAAAAGUAAGAGGGAGCUUCCCUCCCUCCCUGUUUCUGAGGACGCUACAAGUUACAUCGAGAAGGAUGUGGAUGUUUCCAAGUCUCAGAUCCCUUUGGAGCCAGAUGAUGAUGGAGGUGGUGAAAAGGAAACAAAGCGAAAAAGUAAGAAAGAGAAAAGCAAAGGUGCUAGAGAGGCCAAAGCAGAGAGUCAGGUGGAGGACACAGAAGAUAAGCUGCUGCAUGAAUACCAGCAGCAGAUUGCACAGGAGGAGGAGAGAACUUUAAAGAAGACAAAAAACAAGACUGAGGAAGAGAGCACCGUCUCCCAGAACGUUACGCUAAAUAAUGAUGUUGGCAAGAAGAAAAAGAAAAAGCUGAAAUCUGUUAUGUCAGAGCAAGAAGUAGGGGAUCAAGGUGAAGAUGCUGACAGGGAAGCUGAAGCUGAGAAUGAAACCCAAGGGGAGACCAAGGGGAAAAAGAAAAAGAAGAAGAAAAAACAUGUUGCCAAAGAAGAGAGUGAAACUGAGGCAGAUGUGCCAGAGCGACCAAUGUUCGAUGACAGCCUCGUGCUGGGAGUAAAUGUCCACAGAACAGAUCGCCUCAAAACAGACCUACUGAUCUCACACCCCAUGGUGAAGAUCCAUGUUGUGGAUGAAAUCACUGGACAGUAUGUGAAGAAAGAAGACUGCCAUCGGCCAGUUUCCUCGUUUUAUGAGCGAGAGAACGUCGACCACAUUCUGCCCAUCAUGACUCAACCGUUCGACUUCAAGAAGAACAAAUCGGUCGUCCCUGAAUGGUGUGAGCAGAUCAUCUUCAACGAACGCUUCGGACACUUUGUUGAACAAAAUGACGACAGCCCCAGAGUCAUACUGUUCUUUGAAAUACUGGACUUUAUAACCAUGGAAGAAGCAAGAACCAAUGCUGAUGUUGACAAACAGGAGGGAGGAUUCAGGAAGAUUGCAUGGGCAUUCCUUAAGAUGGUCGGCACAAAUGGUGUGCUGAAUAUUGACAGUAAACUUCGCCUCCAGCUCUUCUGCCCUCCACCUCGAGCAAAGAGACAACCUAAAACAAUUGAGGUGGUCGAGUGGUGGAGGAAAUACCCCCGAUACAAAUAUGCCUCCACCCUUUAUGUUACGGUGAAGGGCAUUAAACUCCCUGAGCGUGUUGACCCGAGUAUGCGAUCCAUGAUGGCCCUGCAGGAGGAGAGGGGUAGCACCUCCUACAGUGAACUGCAGAAUGAGGUCACCAAGAGAAGCCUUACACAGCCUGUAGAGAGCAAAACACCCGCCUUAAGAUGGAGCAGACUGCCAGGACAGGUCUGUCGGAUUCCUAACAAGCCCAUGCUGUCAUUCCGUGGCGGCCAGAUGGGCUGCUUCACGGUGCUCUUCUCGCACGCUGGGACGAUACUCGCUGCUGCUUGUGCUGACAGAGAUGCUUUCCCUGUUGUAGUGUAUGAGAUUCCGUCUGGGAAAGUUUUGGCUGCCUUCAGUGGCCAUCUGAAGAUAGUCUAUGAUCUCUGCUGGUCCAGAGACGAUCGAAGCCUUUUGUCUGCCUCCUCUGAUGGAACUGUCAGAGAGUGGAACGUGGAGAAGCUCCUGGGAACGGCCCAAAAGGUUCUCCCCCAUCCAUCCUUUGUAUACUGUGCUCAGUACCACCCCACAGCCCAGAACCUGGUGGUGACGGGGGGCUUUGACUCUCUGGUGCGAGUGUGGAGGCUUGAUGUGGAUGAUGUGAAUGGCCAGCUGCUGCAGGAGUUUGAGGGUCACAACAGUUUCAUCAACGCUGUUUGCUUUGACUCUGAAGGAAGGCGAAUGUUCUCUGCAGACAACACAGGCAAAAUCAUUGUGUGGAAAACUUCAGUGAACGACAGCAAGCAGCAUCAGCCGUGUAAUCGCUGGAGUGUAGAGAAAAAAAUUGAUGAGAGUGACCUCAAGGGUAUCCCUGUCAACAAGCUGCAGCUCCAUCCGAACGGCCGGUGUCUGCUCAUUCAUGCCAAAGACAGUGUCCUCAGGAUGAUGGACUUGAGAAUUCUGGCUGUAAAGAAGUACACAGGAGCAACAAACUACAGAGAGAGGAUCUGUAGCACUUUUACACCAUGUGGAAACUUCAUCUUCUCUGGCAGUGAGGAUGGGAUGGCAUACGUCUGGAAUAGUGAUACAGGAGAUCAAGUUGCAGUCUACUCCGAGCUUUGUUACCCAAAUGCUCUCCAUGGAGUGUGUUUUCACCCGCAUGAAAACAUGGUCGCUUUCUGCGCCUUCGGUCAGAGCCAGCCUGUCCACGUGUAUCUGUACGAUCGAAAAGUUUCCCAGAUGGAGGUGCACAACAUAAAAGCUGCGAGCAGAUCAGCCUCGGUUGACACCAAAACCAUGAGACACACACCUGACACACCAGUGUUACAGGACAUGACUUCUUCUUCAGCCAUGGAUCAGUUUGCCCACACAGCAAGGCUUGCAUUCAAAAUGCAAUGUAUUAAGGAGACACUGGACUCAGUUCUUGAACCAAAUCCGAGGUCUUCAACUUCUGGAUUCCUAUACGAGCAAGGCAAAAUGGGCAUUACAAAUACAGGAAGGAGCUUGACAUCAGAUUCUGGCACAACGGGAUUAAAUGCUUCAUUACCACCUCCGUCUUUCUUGUCCCCGCACUCCAAGCUGCAGCUGUCUGGAUCUCUAGCCGAGCAGCUGAUCCCCCAGGCAGCUCUGAGUACCCAAAAUCGUGGUUUUAGUCCAGUUGGUCAGCGUCUCAGAGGAUCCUUUAGGCUGCAGGCCCUUCCUGACCACUUUCCUUCAGGCAGCCAAGUGGAGACGGAUUCAGCCCCUGUUCAACAAGUAGUCGUCGCACUCUAUGACUACAGAGCUAAUCGUUCGGAUGAACUCACCAUACACCGCGGUGAUGUCAUCCACGUGCUCUACAAAGACAAUGACAACUGGUGGUUUGGGCGUUUGGUCAAUGGGCAGCAGGGAUAUUUUCUUGCUUCUUAUGUAGCAGACCAAAGAGAUAUCAGCGGAGAGGUGACUCAUUCCGCAGAGUCACACCAAGACCUGUCUGAGGGGACAGUGGAGAGGACAACACCAACCAGGGUAUCUGCUGCAAUUAGUUCUUCUGGUGAACUUAGAUUUCUUUCUGAGCCGACACUAUCAGACACAGAGCCUGAGCUGGCUGAUGCCAGAACUAGAAGGAAAAAGAAGGUGAAAAAGCCAGGAGUUCCCGCAGCUUCAUCCCAAACCACAUUUUCCAAUGCAGAUGCUUCAGAAUUGACAAGCACACGGAGGAGAGGCCGAUUGACUGACAGACCUCUCCCCAAGAGACUGACAGGUCAGGCUAAUGGGGCCUUUGAGUCUGAUACAUAAAGUCAUGGACACAUGAUUGUUUUACCCUGACUGCUUUCAUUUUUAUUCAAAAUACAUUUUUAUACGGCAAUAAACUGUACAGGUCUAUUGAAUCUUUGUCUUUUUAUAUAUCCAAACCGUCCAUAUAUUUAUAUCAUGUAAUUUACUUUGUAUGGAUUGAAUGAUGAAAUGUUAAAUAUGCUUUUUAAAAAUCUGUUUUACUUAUCUAUUGUUGUUACCAUAAAUGUCUUUAUUUUAACAGAUGAUAAGGUUUUCACAAUUUCAAUUAUAUCCUAGUUAUACGUUCCUAGCCUGUACGAGAUUAAUUACGUUUGUAUAUUUCUUUUUUUAGCAAAUAAAAAAUACAAAUGAUAAAUA